GACGACGAAGAGUUAGAAUUUUGGUGGCGUUUGUUGUCGAAAGUUGCAAGUGCAGAAAGGUUAAAUAAUAUCUACUGUUUUAUCGCAAAAAAAAAUGCAAGCCUACCUUUAAAACUAAUACACAGAACACUUUCAGUCGGUUUUACAUCCUCCCAGUCCCACACCACAUCCCCCUCUUGAGGAGCCCUUCAACAACUAUAAUGCCCAGGCGAAGGAAAAGUAGAAUCAGAGAGGCCUAUGGCGAGCACUUCUCAGAGAGUGCGGUAACAUACCCAAGAGUUAUGAAUGCUGUUGAGAGGAGGACUGCUGUGACAAGACCGGCGCAAGACUAUGACAGAGAAUUUGAAUAUGAAACCAAUCAGUAUAGCGGCAUUCGAAGUUACCAUGAUGAUGACCACAGAGGAUACCGUAGCGACAGCAUUCACACAGGAAGUGUUCGAGGAUACCAUGGUGACAGUAGACCCAUAGGAAGCAUCCGAGUGAGGAAUUCCCCACCACCCCGACAGGAGGAUUACAGAGGUCCAUACUACAGGGGAUCCAGAGAUGAUUCUCUGAUGGGGCGUCAAGGAGAGAUGAGAAUAAGCAGCAGAGCGGACUCCCACCUCAGCAGCGGAGUUCAAGGGAUAGCUCCUCUCUCAAGGACCAUGUCUCCGGCAGCUAACCCCGAUAGAGUGGACUCCAAUCUGAUGCAGGCCCUCAUGUACUUGGACCGAGGAGAGGACCCUGAGGGUCUUAGGCGAAGGGGCCCGGGGCCCUACCCUGUAGGCCCAGCCGGGGACACUUACACAACCGUACGGGAUCGCUCUCCCAUCAGGAUGGAUAUCCCACCAGGCCCUGUUCUCAUGCGCUCCGGGUCCAACACCAACAGAAGGAGCUACUCCCCAGACAGGGACCAGAAGAGCUUCUCCUACCAGCAGAGCCAGCAGAAGAGGUAUAACGAAGAGCCUCACAGCCAGAACAGAGAACCUGAUAAGCCCAGGUUGCUGAGCCACACCAGAAGUGCCUCCCUAGAUGGAUCACCACACAGCUAUGUGGCAAUCAAGGAGGAGCGUGUCCCCACCCCAGCCCUGCUAGCGGGGCCGAAGGAGACGGUGUCGGCGAAGGAGGAGAAGGAGCAGACGCAGGAGGACAACUUCAAGACACGGCGCUCUCAAGCCAUCGCAGCUAAAGCGCUGGAAAUCGAGAAGCGGUACAAGCAGGACUGCGAGACGUUUGGCACGGUGGUGAAGAUGCUGGUGAUCAAGGAGCCAGUCUGGAGAAGAUGCUCCAGAACCCUCUGAAGGACAACCUGAUUGAGAUCAGGGAGCGUUGCCUUGACGACCUCCGACACUUCAUCUUAGAGCUGGACCAGGUCAUAAAGCCUCAACCGUCAACAUGAGGGGAACCACAAAGCCCUUAUUACAUGCCAGGACUGAUGGACCAGAGGUGGCGUUUGGGCGGUGGUAUAGACGUUGUGAGAGGAGGCAACCUAGUGUGAUAUUCUCUCAAUACUGUGCCAAUAAGAGGGAAACAUUCAAGAAGUACAAUUUUUACCAAAAGAGAAUUGGUCACAAAAAAGGUCACUUCCUUGUAUUAAAAACAUGCUUAAUUGAGAAUAAGUGUUUUAUUUUCACCAACAUUUUCUGAGUUGAGAUUACUUUCUGAGUCGAAAUGCAACAGAUUUUUUAAAAAACAUUUCUUAGAAAACGUAAGCCUAUGCAACAUAACCUAUUAAAAACAGUACUGUAGCAAUGAGGUUUGUGCAGUAAGCUAUAUGCCCAAUACAUUAUCGCCGAAUAUUGGCUUCGCUUGGAUUGCCCUGCCAAUGCAUUGUUGUUCGGACCAUUAAAAAAAUAGAUAUAUUUCAAAAUUUGAGGUAAGCUAUAUGAUCACACGGUAAUAGAUCAAUUGUUGUAUUACUUGUGAGGCACAGCUGAGUGAGCAUACAUUUAAAUAAUUUUAUUUUAAUUUUACUGGGCU